AUGAUCAUGGAAGUACCCAAACACAGCGAUUGCUGCGAGGGCAACUCAAAGGCUCGCGCCUUCUUUGAUGCCGCCGUCAAUGGCGAUUUGGAGACUUUGAAAACCCUCCUCGACCCGACCAUCGACCUUGACGCUCGGCACGGGAACUUUCCGAACGAUAAGACGGCGCUGCAUGCCGCUACGGAACAUGGACAUAUUGAAACCAUGCGUUUCCUUCUUGCUCACGGCGCUGAUCCUGAAGUGGACAUUCCGUUAGACGGGCUCACACCCCUCCACGUAGCAGCUUGGAUGGCCAACUACGAGGCCGUUCGUCUGCUCCUUGAUUCAGGAGCCGAUAUUAGCAGGACAUUCAACAUAGAAGGUGACGAAGGCCCUGCGACCUUUCUCGUCUUGAGAAAUGCGCAUCUGCCACGCUCAAAUAUUGAGCAGAAACACUUCGAUAUCGUAAAUCUACUUCUCGACCGCGGCAUAGAUAUCAACACUCCAAAAUCGCAUUACGGAGACGGGAAUCUAAUUCAAUAUGCUGUACGCGCAGAUAGCCCGGACAUGGUCAAGAUGCUUAUUGAUCGCGGCGCCGAGACGAACAAUGAGCUGCUGCGGGACGCAGUCAGUUGGAAUCGAAGCGUCCGAACUCUGCAAUACCUGCUGGACGAAGUGGGCUUGGAGGACGAGGGUCACGAGGCACUACAGCAUCUUGCAUUCUUCUCCAAAGAAGAACCGUGCGAGGACAUGGCCCGCAUCCUCCUCUCUAGGGAGACUGACCUCAACGUCCAAGGGAUUUAUACUGCCUUGUGUGAUGCCGCUCUGCAAGCAAAUCUGCGCAUUAUCGAGUGCUUUCUCGAGCAAGGCAUCAACAUCAACGGGGUCGGUGCUUCCGGAGAAACGGCUCUACUCAUGGCUUGUUCGAGCACGCGACCCGGGGCAUUGUCUGCUGUAAAGCUUUUGCUCGACCGAGGGGCCGACAUGCGCUGUCGUGCGAUCGAUUCACAACCAAGUGUGGGUAAGAUUGCAGGAGAUAGCGUGUUACACCAAAUUGGGGCUUUCCGUUUCCCAGAAUUAAUGAGGCUACUUCUAGAUGCCGGCGCAGAUAUCGAGGCUAGAAAUGUCUGGGGCGAGACCCCGCUGAUUACCUUCUCUAGACACUUAGAGUUUGUCUCCUCUCCUGAACCUGGGCCCGUCACCCCGAGAAUGGAAGUUCUUCAGCUGCUCCUGGAUUCUGGAUGCGACGUCAAUGCAUCGGAUAGGAAAGGAAUGACUGCUCUUCACCAUCUCCCUCAUCGCCGUUCGCACAUGGCCACGGUAAGGGCUGCGGCAAGCUUGAUGAUUGAGAGAGGCAUUGAUCGCACGGCGCUCGAUCACGAUGGUAGGGAAGCAUCCGAGCUAUUCAGAGAGCUUUGCGGGAUGACUCUUGAGGAUUUACUGCAAGAUAAGACGGAAGCUUGGACCAGGGAGAUAACUCAAGGAGUUGAUGCAGGACGGUCUCCUGCCCAGCCUGGCUUACACACGGAAACACCUCGCCAACAUCCACCCACACACAUUGGCAUGGCUGAGGAGACCCCGGUUUGA